AUGUUCAUAGAUCGUCAAAGUUGGCUUUUCACGGGUAUUCUACCACUUUAUUAUCUUAGUCCACCAUCAUUUUGUUUUGAUAUAACCUGUUCUGAUCAACCGAUAAUGGAUGAUAAAAGCUUGCAUGACUAUAACGUACCUGAACGUGUUGAAACAUUUAUUGGAGCAGCAUUAGCUCAAGCUGAAGUUUACGCCACCAACCAUAUCAUCAUGACAAUGGGCGGUGAUUUUUUUGAUCAGAAUGCUCAUGAAGACUUCAAAAAUUUAGACAAAUUAAUUCAUUAUGUUAAUCUUCAGGUAUGUCAUUGUUAUGUUUUUGAUUAACAUUAUCGGAAAUUAUAUUCUUAGCAAGAGAAUGGUAGUGACAUUAACGUCUUUUAUUCAACACCAUCAUGCUAUUUAUAUGCCUUGAAUAAAGCAGAAAAAAAAUGGUCAACAAAAACUGAUGAUUUCUUUCCAUAUGCCAGUACUCCAUCUGUAUACUGGACAGGUUAUUAUACUUCGAGACCAGCAUUAA